UUCUCGACUCUCUUGGAAUGAUUCUCGCUCUCUUUCAUCAUCUCAAUAGUGUCGUAUCUUUUCCUCUCCAAAUUCCGUCAUUUGCCACCAUAACUCAAAUUUCUCUUCGUUGUCUCUUUCUCUUCUUUAAGUUACUUUCCGUCUUUCCCGGCUCUCUUGUAUUUAUUUCCCUCUAUAAAUAACCGCUUCGAGCACUGUCCAUGGCAACCCAUUACACAUCUCCUCAACUUCUCUCUCCAUUUCCGGCCGCUUGAGUCGUAUUUGUUUGUCAUGACGAAGGAGUGGGUAUCAAUGGAAGUUGUCAACAAUGAUGAUGGGUCGUCGUCAUUGAAGCAAAAGAAGGUGCAGAGGCUGAGAUGUUCGGUUCAGAACUACGAUUGGGGGAAAAUUGGCGAGGAUUCGCAAGUCGCAAGGCUGUACGCGUGGAAUUCCGGGUCAGAGAUUGACCCAGACAAGCCUUACGCGGAACUUUGGAUGGGGACCCACGAGUCCGGGUCGUCUUAUCUCGUGCCGCGGCACGGCGAUGGAGAAAUUGUGAGUCUCAAGUCCUGGAUUUCCAAGAAUCCGAAUGUGCUUGGUGAGAGAGUUCUGGACAAGUGGGGUUCCGAUCUCCCUUUCUUGUUCAAGGUUCUUUCAGUGGAGGAAGCAUUGUCGAUACAGGCUCACCCAGAUAAGGAAUCGGCAAAGACUCUGCACAAGCUGCUGCCAAAUGUUUAUAAGGAUGGAAAUCACAAGCCAGAAAUGGCUUUGGCAAUAACAGAGUUUGAGGCCCUUUGUGGUUUCAUAAGUCUCGAGGAGCUCAAGGUUGUUCUUCACAAUGUUCCUGAGAUUGUAAAGUUGGUUGGGAAUGCAGAUGCUAACCAACUCUUGCAUAUGAACAAGCAAGAUGGGGAGAAAGUUAAAAAUGUUUUGCGAUCAGCUUUUACCCAACUCAUGUCAGCUGAUAAAGAGAUGACAACAAAAGCAAUAUCCAAGAUGAAAAUUCGCCUGCACAGGGAAAGUCAGUUAAGGCAGUUAACUGACAAGGAACAGUUGGUGCUGAAGUUAGAAAAGCAGUAUCCUGCUGAUAUUGGUGUGAUAUCAGCAUUCUUUUUCAAUUAUGUGAAGCUUAAUCCUGGCGAAGCAUUGUAUCUUGGGGCAAAUGAACUGCACGCUUAUAUAUCUGGAGAGUGCAUUGAAUGCAUGGCAACAUCAGACAAUGUUGUGAGAGCUGGCCUCACUCCCAAGCACCGGGAUAUCCAAACCCUUUGUUCCAUGCUUACGUAUAAACAGGGCUUCCCUGAGAUACUGCAAGGCUUUCCUUUGAGUCCAUACAUAACAAGAUACCUUCCGCCUUUCGAUGAAUUUGAGGUUGAUAGGUGUGUUCUUCACAUGGGAGCGUCAACAGUGUUUCCCGCUAUCCCUGGACCUUCCAUUUUCUUGGUCGUAGGAGGGGAAGGAACAAUGAAAGGAGUGGUAUCAAAGGAAGUAGUUUGUGAAGGGGACGUUUUAUUUGUGCCUGCGAAUGUUGAGAUUACCUUGACAGCCGCGGCAGAGUUGCACCUGUAUAGAGCAGGAGUGAAUAGCAGGUUUUUUCAAACCUUGCGAGUUGGAAUGUAGCAGCAGCGUCUUACCAAAAGUACAUAUUGUUGGCUGAUCAGCUUGUAUUUUUUAUUGCUUUAAUAUUUAUUUAUUUUUUGUACAAUAAUUUAAUAUUUACCAAAGUUCCACCUACUUUGCAUUU